AUGUCCUUGCUGGUCAAGGACCCCCAGAGGUGUCACCGUGACAGGAAAGACCAAGUGGAUGAAGAAUAUCUAUUGACCACAUUUCAACAGUUCCAUAAAAUAGUUUUUGGUAGUCUGAAGUUGAGGAAUCUUAAUGAAAUGAUGACGCUACAAAUGAAAAUAGUUGGAGACCCACUCCAACAAUGGACUGAGAAAAAUAACAACUUUCUAAAAAAUAAUCUGUUCAGCAGAAUAUACAAAGCAGGAGAAACGAUGGAGCUGGAUGCUGAGAUGGAUGGGGUUCAACUAAACCAACAAAAUUGGCAAAAGUCAAAUGAUGCUAAACCUCAGGAUCCAAAGCCUCUACUGCUUCCAUUUUCUUCACUCUUAUCAGAGGAUGACCAUCUCUUGUAUACUCGGCACCUCAGUCACUUAUGCCAUGAAUUCGUAGGGGAUUACUGCCAACAGCUCGGCUUCCUUGCCAUUGGUUCUCACAAACAACAGCUGGGGCCUCCUGAGCACACUAUGCUGGAAACGCUCAUGCACACUGAGGACCCUUCACUGGCCUUAAACUUCAGUUCUCCCCUCCGGCAUGGAACUGGAACCAAGAACUCAGUCCUCCUGAUUGAAGAAAAUAUCUUCCUCAAGCUGAAUUGUUGGAAGGUGAGGAUAUUCCUUGAAAUUAAACACCUUGAAACAACUCACAAAAAAGGAAUGGAGAAAAUGGACAAAAUUGUGAAAAAAAUAAGUACAAUGGAAGAAACACUAAAAAGCUGCCAAUUUGUGGAUGUGGACUCCUUGAGCCCUCUGUCACAUCUGAAGAUUGCCCUUGCUCCCAAGUGGAUGUCUGAGCCCAUAGGAGACCUUACCCUCUGGUUUCAAAGGGGCCUGAAGGGGAAGACAUUAGAAGUUGACAAUACAAAGCCGCUGUCUCCUGAAACAUCACAUUUAGAGACAAAUACUUCAUCUUCCUCUACAAAAUGGAAACAUAUACUAUGGAUCUUCAUGUUUCUUUGUGUCUUCACCAUCUUUGGACUUUUGUGUUACACAUUGUUUAUUGAUUCUACAUUUAUCUUUGAAACCAUGCUCCCUAGGAUUCUUGGGCACCGAAGAAUGUGGAAACUGAGAGAACUCAUUGUUCCCUUCUUUUAUUUGGAAGUUGAUGACUUGUUGCCAACUUGA